CUUUUCACUGGGUCCAAUAUGGCAACAAUCGUGAAUGGCACUGUGCUCAUUCCAGCACUCAAUGGCACCCUUAUCGAUCCAAACGACUGCGCAAUCGGCGUGUGUUCUUUGGACUAUGCACAGAUCGAAUACGUUCCAUCAUAUGGCGGCAACCUAACAUACUGUAUCAUAUUCUCCGUCAUUAUUCUGGCUCAGAUGGGCCUCGUCUGGAAAUACCGCACCUGGGGCUUCUUCAUCGGAAUGUUCUGCGGUCUUCUUCUUGAAAUCCUUGGCUACGCUGGUCGUAUCACCCUCAGCGGCAAUCCUUUCAAUUUUGAUCAAUUCGUCUUGUAUCUUGUAUGCCUUACUAUUGGCCCAGCGUUCCUCACAGCCUCAAUCUACCUCUGUCUCGGCCGCAUUGUCAUCGUCUACGGUCAAAACAUCUCACGGUUCACUCCGAGAUUCUACACCCUCACAUUUGUGAUCUGCGACUUCAUUAGUCUUCUGCUCCAAGCUGUUGGAGGGGCUCUCGCUGCUACACAAGACGCCUCUGACCCGUCCCGUACUGGAAUAAAUAUCAUGAUUGCUGGGCUUGCCUUUCAAGUUGUCAGCUUGACAAUCUUCAUCGCACUCAGUUUGGAGUUCGUUUACAGAGCAUACAAAGCAAGAGAGAGCGACCUAAACUUCGAUUUCUUCGACCUCAGAAAGCGCACCAUGUUCCGCAUGCUCCCGUACGCUAUCGCGGUUGCGACUAUCACAAUCUACAUUCGUUGUGUCUUCCGUGUCGCAGAGCUCAAAGACGGAUUUGGAGGAAAGCUUGCUAACGAUCAAACGGCAUUCAUGAUUCUGGAAGGCCCGAUGAUUAUUAUUGCCACAAUCGCUUUGACCGUGUGUCACCCUGGAAUUGCAUUUGGAAGUGCACCCGCUUGGGCAGCCGCAAAUUGGACCUGGAAGAAGAACAACAAAGGCGACAAGAACCACAUCAGAAUGACGAGCGUAGAGACUACGACACCUUCGAUCGCAGGGAGUGAGAUGACCGAGGCUGCCUACACGAAGACAAGCGUUUGA